UGUAAGUUUAAAGUUUUAGAACGUUAAUUUUGCGUCUUAUUUUUAUACCUUAUAUUGUACUUUUAACAUUUUUUAAUAUUUGGUGUACGAUAUUUUUUCUAGUAACAUCUCACAAUACUUGUUUUUCCUCACACAAGUUUAAAUAAUAAUUUAAAUGAAGCCUGGGAGAGGAAGCGAAAACAAAGGAAGAGGAAGUGGAAACAUCGGUGGAGGAAGUGGAAACAUAGGAGGAGGAAGUGGAAACAGAAGAGGAGGAAGUGGAAACAUAGGAGGAGGAAGUGGAAACAGAGGGGGAAGAAAUGGAAACAGAGGAGGAGGAAGUGGACAAAGAGGAGGAGGAAGUGUACAGAGAGGAGGAAAUUUACAAAGUGGAGGAGGAUCAAACUGGAUUUGCAGCCAAUGCUCUUAUGAUAACUUUCCAAGUCGUCAAACAUGUCAUAAAUGCAAGGUACCAAAAUCGUCAGUUUCUGGGAAUUAUUCAUCACCUUUUAACAAUCUAUUAGCAGGUGGAAGCUAUUCAACAGCAGUUGGUAACUCCUCAUCAGUAGGUAGAAAUUAUUCAACAGGACCUUCAAAUGUUCAAAGAAGUCAUGCUACAAAAAAGGCUGGUUCUUCGAUGAACAAUCAAAAUCAAAGUCAUACUGAAAAUUUUACCAACUCAAAUCAAAAUACUUCUGCAAAUAAUGUUAGAAAAGAAACUGAUUAUGAAACUUUGAUUAGGUCAUUAGGCAGAAAGAACAUUUCUCAUCAACAAAUAGAAGAUAAUAUUAGUUUAUCACCACAUGUUUGGUUCAUGUGUUGGGAAAACAUUAAUCAACUCCCACCAAGUAGUUUAGAGAUAAUGAUAACAGCUUUAGCAAAAAUCUCGUAUUCAGUUAUUCAAAGUGUCACUCCUUCUAUUGUGUAUUGUCGAAUGGGAGUUAAAAAAUUUUUUACAAGUGUAAAACCUCUUCAAGAUACAAAUUCAGUUUUAGAUAAAGUAGAAAUUGUUUUCAAUAUGAUCAAGAAAAUUCUAUUAAUUGAAUGGAAAGAAGAUACAGAAAUUGUGAAAACAGAGCUUAAAAGUAUGUUGAGUUCAUCAAUUAGUUUUUUAAAGGCUGAUGUACCAGACCAUUUUAAGACGAUGCAAUCUAUUAUGGAAACUAUGAGCACCUUAGAUAAGCCUUGGGCCAUUAAAGUAGUAAAAACAUUGAAAACAGUAGAAAAUUCAACAACUUUGAUUGAGUCUGCAUCAGAAAGUUCAUCAUGGCAAAAUGUUCAAGUAUCUUGGCUUGCUAAUGUUGAAUUAUUUCAACCUACUCUGUUACCUAUUAUGAAGGUACCAAGUAAUAAGUCAGGUGGUGUUUAUAAAAAUCCUGAAGAAUACUUCGAAAUUGUGAUGCGACUGUGGAUUGGUUUAACUUUUAAUGAUGGGAAUUCUAACCUUAACCCAAAAUGCCAUCAUAGAUUUGGAGAUAAAGAAUGUGGAGAAGUUAUGCUUCCUAAUAGAAGUGAUAUAGGCAAUCUGUAUUGUUCAAAAAAUUGCCAGAGCCCUGUAGUACUGCACUGCCCUGACUCUCGCCAUAAUAAAGGUCUUUGUGUUAAAUGUGCUGAAAAAGCUAAAAAAGAACUUAUGGGACCUGCUGGACCGCAUGCAUCAACAAACAUUUAUGAUUGUCAGGUUACAAGAGUAGAAUAUGAUGGACGUGUUUAUAUGAACGAUGUAGAAAGCAGAAAACCACCAUACCAAACUGCAAUUCAUUGGAAAUCAACACGACGUUUAAGUUCUGCUAAUCUUGUGGGGCUAGUUAAACUAUCUUAUAAAGGCUCGUGCCUUAAGGAAAAUGAUACAAUUAUUUGGGGUGAAAUUGUUAAUCAUGGGGAACCAAGAGAUGAAUUUAGAAGGCGUGAAGAGAAACGUCUUUGCGUUUCACUUUCUACAAUAAAUGAAACAAAAUUUACAGAUUUUAUUAAAAAAAACGAUUAUUUGGCAGUAAUUGAUUGCAUGACAUUUGUUCCUGAGCAUAUUCCUAUUCUAAAAGCACUUGAUAUCCAAAAAGUAUCAAAUUUACCAUUUCAAGAAGGUGCAUUAUUGAAUAUUGGUAAUCAAAAAGAUAUAACGAACUUUGAAGAUUUUUCUUAUAAAUUGAAUAAUUUUAUGAAUGAAUUAACACCAUCUUUUAAUUUUACUAAGUCACUCAUAACUACAGCAGGAUUGAUAGUUGAUUUAAUAAUUGAUCAAAGUCAAAUAGAUCCUAUAAUUCGUAUAAGAAGAGAUGAUGUAAAAUCUGCUCAACUUAGAAAAAAACUUACUAGUCUAGUAUCAAGUACAACUUUGGAUAGCAAACAACUUCAAAGUUUUGCUGAAGCUUUUGUUGAACCAGUUCAUCUUACACAAGGACCCCCUGGUACAGGUAAAUCCUAUUUGGGUGUUGUAAUUGUCCGGGCAUUGCUAAUCAUUCAAGAAUUGUGGAAUUCUGUUGAUUCAACUGUUGGAAUGCAUCCAAUAUUAGUUCUUUCCUAUAAAAAUCAUGCUAUAGAUGAGUUUCUUACUGAUUUGGUUAAAGCAGAACAUCAUGUUAAUUUGAUACGCAUAGGUAACUCUGAUGAACCUACUUUACAUAGAUACUCUGAAAAGAACUUUCAAUCUUCAGACUAUAUGGUUGAUUGUAUAAAAAGUCAACUUCAGUCACUUCUCAAACAAAAGGAAGAUUAUCAAAGUUUUCAAAAGUCCUUGUCUCCUAUGUUAGCUUAUGAUCUUUUUGUCAAUCCAAAUUCACAUGACAAAACUGAUGAAAAUGAUAAGAAAAUUGCUUCAUAUAAUGCAGCAUUUUUCCUACAUAACUUAAUUGCUAAUGUUAAACAACUGACUGAAUUUCUAAGUGAGAAAGAUAUUGAUGAAUUUGGGAAGUUAAAAACAGUAUGGAAUGAAGUGAUGUCAAAACAGUCUAAAAAAACUUUGAAUGAAAGUGAUAUUCAAAAUCUGUGGAACGGUAUAAAGCACUAUAAUGAUAAAAUGGACUUUUGUGAUGUAAUUUUACAUUGGAUUGAUGGAGUUGAACCUCUUCCUAAGUGUUCUUUUGAUAAUCAGUGUAAUAAUAUUGUUUGCAAUAAAACUGUUUCAUUAUGCCAUGAACAUAAAUGCAAGUUCAAAUCCUGUCAAUCAGCUCAUCUUGAAAGUCAUUUACUAUGCAAGGAGCAUGCUUGUCAAGCAAAUGGUUGUGAAAUGAUCAAAUUACCAUCACCACAAAUUUUCUGUGAUAAGCAUGCUUGUUUUAUAUGCUUACAGAAAAAUUUGGUAGCACAUAAGUGCAUCGGUUUCCCUCCACGCAACUCAUGUCCCAAUCACCCUUUGUGCAAUUUUAAAGAAAAUAAUAAGAAUAAUUCUUGUGUGAGUUUAGCUUUGAUUGACAAGUUUUAUUGCGCAGAUCAUAUAAAUAAAGUAUGCUCAGUAAAAGAUUGUAACCAAUCAGCUUUUUCUCAUAAAGAAAAUACUAUUAGCAGUGCUCCAUUAUGUCACAAACAUAAAUGUAAGUUUGAAUCUUGUAGACUAGCUUCUCUUGAAAAUAGUAUAAUGUGUGCAGAACAUGCUUGUCAUGAAACUAAUUGUAAAUUUGUCAAGUUACCAGCCCCACAGAUUUUCUGUAAAGAGCAUGCUUGCUUCAUUUGUUUAAAAGAAAAUUUGGUAGCAACAUGUAGCACUGAUAUUGCUCCUCGAAACACAUGCUUAAAACAUUCAUUGUGUGCAUAUAUGACUCAAAAAAAUCCUUGCAUGAAUUUAGCUUUAUCUAAAACCUCCUAUUGUGAAGACCACAGUGUUAAAUAUUGCUCAGAAAAACGUUGUAACAAAUUUGCAAUAUCACAUUCUGAACCAUAUUGUGAGAUGCAUAAACCAAAAUGUAUUAGCAAGAAUAAAAAAGGAAAGAAAUGCCAAAAUAAUUGCAAAAAAGGGUAUAUGUACUGUGAUCAUCAUGUUACAAUUUAUAAGGCUUCUCCUAUUUCCAUUGCUGAAGUCAGCUUAAAUGAUCAAACUCAACAAGUUCUAAAUAAAAAUAAUAUGCAACCUGAUGGAAAUAAUAAUGCAAAUAUAAAAAGUACAAAUAGCAAUGAUAAAGUAAAUGCUAAUAAUAAAAUGGAUCAUCAGCAAAAAUUAUGUGAAAAAAAAGGUUGUGAAAAUUUAGUAUCACAAAAUGAAGUCCAUUGUAUAGAUCACAAAUGCGUUGCUGUAAACAAAAAAAAGAAGCCAUGCAAUGGAAUAAGAAAACAAGGUUAUGAGUACUGUUCAGAUCAUGUUAAGAGUUAUAAUGCUUUACCUAUAAAUAAUAAUGUUAACUCAAAAGUUGGGGAAGCAAUUGAAAAUACAAAUUUGUUUACAGAAACUGCAGAUAACAGUGAAUUAAAUACAUAUGAAGAUAAUAUUUCGGAAGACAGUAUCACUGACACAGCUAGGAAUGUAAAUGUAGUUUCUAACUUAAAAGAAGGAAUUAAAGUUGUUAAUUGUACUUUACUUAAUGGUGAGAAACCUAAAGACACUAAAGACUAUGCAGAAAAAUUUAAUACAGAAUUUGAAGAAAAAAAUAGCAAAAGUCUUGAAGGAGAUAAAAAUUAUGAACUUUAUGAAAUUAGUAAUAAGAAAUGUGAAAAUUUUGACACAAUGAAACAUAAGGGAAAUAGUACUUUAGAGCUUGAAGAAAUAGAUAAGAACUAUUCUACAGAUGAUAAAGAUGACUACCACCAUGACAGUGUUGAAGCCAAUAUAGAUGAAGAACACUUUAUUGAAGAAAGUUUUAAAAAAGAAGAUGACGAUGAUAUAAUGGAAGAGCCAGCCAAUUAUCAACAUAUGCGAGAUGUAUAUUUUGAAGAUGAAAAUUAUGAUGAUCAAAUUGAAGAAGAAGAAGUACCUCUAAAAAAUCAGGUUGAAUUAAACAAAGCUGAUGAGCUAAAGUCCAUACUACCGCCUGAAAAAUGGAGUUGGGAAAUGAGUUUAGAAGACAGAUGGUAUCAAUGUAAGCUUUUAGAAAAAGAAUUUUAUCUUUUGCUUUUAAAAUUAGAAGAAAUUAGAAAUUUAAAAAUAAAAAUUCUCAGAAAAAAUCAUCACGAGGAAAAAAUUAAAGCAAAGACAAGAGUCUAUGAAAAAAGAGCGGUAAUUGGAGGCACCAUCGUUGGCUGUAUUGCUCGUCUUGAAGCUAUUCGUAAUACAAAGCCUUUCGCUAUUAUAGUUGAAGAAGCUUCCGAGGUUUUAGAACCACUAGUGUUUUCAUGUUUGACAGAUACAACAUGCAAGUUAGAAAUGAUUGGAGAUCAUUUACAAUUAAAACCAUCUGUGAUGUCAAAAAUUAUGUUUGAACGCAGAAACAAAAUAAACACUUCAAUGUUUGAACGCUUGAUAUGUGCUCCUAAAAACCAUUCUGUACCCUCCAGUGUUCUCUCUACUCAGCGACGUAUGCGAAAAAAUAUAUGCGAUUUAACAAGAAAUUUUUAUAAUGAAAUAGUAGACAUUGAAGACCAUAGUAUUUGUAGUUCAAGAAAGAUUGGAGAUAGUAAUGUGAUAGCAGCGGAUAGAAAAUGGAGAGCAAAUGUUAGUUUAUUUGAAAAACUUAAAAUGUGUAUUGGAAAAGGCCGUGAGGUGCCAGGAGUUCUUCCACAUAUUUUUUUUUGGACACAUGGUGGUACCCAAACAAAAGCCAGUGUCGGAUUGUCACGAAUUAAUAUCACUGAGGCGAAAAUGGUUAUUAGUUUAACUGGAUAUUUAGUUUCUUGUGGAGUUCCCAAAGCCUCUAUAGCCAUACUUACUCCAUAUAAAGGUCAAUUAAUGCUCAUACGUUCAGAUUUAAUGAAGUUAAAUCUAUUGAACAAUAAAGAUGUUGCAGAUUCAGUUGUUUUGUCUACUGUUGACAGAUUUCAAGGAGAUGAAGCUGAUGUUGUAAUAAUUUCUCUUGUGAUUGAUGAAAAAUCCCAAACAGGUUUUGUUAAAGAGGUAAAUCGUAUGAUUGUUCUUUUAAGUCGUGCAAGACUUGGAAUGUACAUUAUAGGAAAUAUAAAUUAUUUUGAAGGGAAACCAGAUGAGUCUAUUCGUCACUGGACUGAUACUUUAACAAAACUUAAGGAACCUUGUGAAUCUGAUACAAGCAAAGAAACAGAUUUAAAUGUCAAUGAACACCAUUACUCUGGUCCACGUCUUGGGAAUAAAUUACCGAUUUGUUGUCCAGUUCAUAGAGGAAAAACAAUUUAUUAUGCUGAAUCUGUGCAACAACUAAAUCUGAAUUUCUGUCAAGAAAUGUGCUCACAUAUGUUACCUUGUACCCAUCCUUGUGGUAUUCUUUGCCACUUUCUAAAUAAGGAUAAUCACAAUAAUUUCUGCUCUGUACAAAUCACUCCGCCUCCAUGUGAAAUUCACAUGAAAGAUUUGACUUGUCGUGAUGUGUACCUAAACAUUGGAAACAUGUUUAAUUUAGGAAUUUCUGAAGCUCUUAAGUAUUACAAAUGUCCUGAAAUAGUGUCUGUUCAACUUCCUUGUACUCAUAACACUAAAAUGAAAUGUUGGGAAGAAAAUGAAAUAGCAGAAGGUAAAAGGAGUUACCCAGAAUGCAAGCAAUUAGCUCAUAAUCCUUAUGUAUAUCAAAAAUGUCGCCAUGAGUUAACUGUACUUUGUCUUGUAUAUGAUGAAUACAUGAAAGAUCCAUCUAAAGUUAAACAAUGUAAAUUUAAUUUAACAUAUAACCCACCUUGUACCCAUAUAGUGACAAUACCGUGUUAUCUUAAACAGCAGUAUGAAGAUAGUUCUGUUAAGUUUCAUUGCAAUCAAAAAAUGGACAUAAAUUUACCCAGAUGUGGCCACAAAGCUAAUGUGUCUUGUGAUGUAUCUCAAACUCUUAACAGUUGGUCUGGGGAAUCAAGUAAAACAGGAAUUGUUUAUGAGGGUCGAAGUUAUGGAGCAAUUGAUUUUAUUUGCAAAGAAAUUGUUGACUUUGUACACAUUUGUAAACAUGUCGAAAAAAUUGAAUGCCAUUUAGCGUUUGAGAAAGCAUCCAAAGUGUCAAAAUGUUUUCAAAACGUGGAUGUUAAAAAUCCAAAUUGUGGACAUUCAGCCACAAUAAAUUGUUAUCAAACUCAAUUAUUGCAAAACGUUACUACAAAAAAUCCAGUUAAUGAAGUUAAAGAAGGGCAAACUUCUUUGGUGUAUAAUAGUCCUAUUCCUCACUACAAGUGCACAUCUGAAGUUUUAUUUUACCGUAAAUGUGGACAUACAGAAAAAAUGCAGUGUUAUCAGGCAAGAGAUGGAAAUAUUCAACCAUGUCAAAUAUUUGUAGAAACUGAAAAUGCAAUUUGUGGGCAUAAAAUAUCAUUACCUUGCCAUUUGUUAUCUGAACUAAAAGACUGGCUACCAUGGAAGAAUAAAGACAAAAAUAUAUAUAUUUUUAACAACAUUUUAUAUGAUGAUUGUCCAGUUCCCAUUUUUCCAUCUAAUCAACUUUUUAAAUAUGUAAAAAAUUGCAAAAAUACAAUAGUUGUUCAAAGAAAGAAUUGUGGUCAUCAAUACAAAAUAAAUUGUGGAGUUGCUUUUAAUGAACUGGAUAAAAAAACUUUACGUAUCUGUGAUGAGUUAAUAAAUGAAGCAAUUUUAAAUUGUGGUCACAUGAAAACAAUGAGUUGUUCAUCAUAUACAGCAUACAAGCAACAUCCUGAAAAAAACUCUUGCACUGAAGAAGUCAUCAUGAGCUGCUGGAACUACGAAAAUUGUAAACAACAGGUUGUAACAGUAUGUAACAAGCAAAAUAAAUUAUAUAGUUGUAAAAAGUUAACAGAUUGGAAUUGCCUUAAUGGUCACACCAUUCCUAAAUUGCCAAUAUGUCAAAAAGGGUUUUUAUCAGAAUGUGCUGAAUGUAUGUUUGAAUUUUCCAAAAACUGUAUUAUAGAUGUGGCAGAAAAUUUAGAUUUACUUGGAUUUCUUCCAAAUGAGUUGCAUCCAUUUAUCUCUAAAAAACUAGUCAGCAAAGAAUGCUUAAGUGAUUUUUUGUUUAGUCAAAGUCAAUUAAUUGAAUAUCUAUCAAAUUGGCUAUCAAAACAGAAACCUUUAAAACGUCCACUAAUUGAACUUAUGUAUAUUCCAUGUUUUAUUUGGUUAGCUGAACAUCAAUUAAAUCUUGAAGUAUAUACAAAAAAUAUUUUUACAAAGGCUUCAACUUUUAAAGGUAUUCAAGUUUGUGAAUGGACACUUGAUAACAUUAAGAAUUUGAUAACUGAAGCAAACAAAAGUAAAGAAAAAUCUCUGGAGCUUAUUUUUGGAGUAGCCCUUAUAUGUAACACUAAAGUUGUGUCUGAGCAAAUCACUAAAAGUAUUAAAAAUAGCAUAACUGGAUUUCAAAAUAAUGUUAUAAAUUGUGGGUUUGAUAGUCUUCAACUUUGUUAUAACAAAUGGGAAUAUCUUAUACUGUGGGAUCCUUAUGUAUUUGCUGCUACUCAUAAGUUAAAAUUUCAAAUUUCACAGUUAAAACAUUUUCAUGAUCAGCUCCAUCAAUCACAAAAUGCAGGUUUGUGGAUAAAAAGGAAUUUAAAUCAAAAAUUUCCUCAGCAAUUUAUUCCACAGGAUGCAUCUUCAUUUGUGAUUGAGAUAAAUGCUAAGAAAUUUUCUGAACAACUUUUAAAAUCAAAUAUGAUAGCUGAAUAUGAUGGUAUCAAAUUUCAAGUUGAUUGGGAUGGAAAGAGUCUUGGAAGGCCUGAAAUAUUCAAUGAGCAUAUUCAGAAAGAUUUAAAGAGUAAACUCCAGUUUUGUGCCUCUAAAGGUUUGUCUGAUAAUCAAGCAAAUUUGUUUUCUGGAAUAAAUUAUUUAAAAAAACUUCCUGAACUUUUAAAGCAAAAAAAUCUUCCAGAAAUAAAUUUACUUACUUCACUAGAAAAAUGUAAGCUUGAGUACUUUGACGAUGCUGAAACUGAGCUUAAUAAAUACAUUGAGUGUGUUAAAAGAAAAAAAGUUCUACUACAUCCAUUAUUUUUCCUUGCUAAAUCUCGCAUUGCAUUUCAUAAAAAAAAUAUAGAUGUUAGUAGGAACUUUUUAAACCAAUUUUCAAAGUUUCAUUCCAAGGCUUUAAAAAAAUGGUGUGAAGACAAAGAAAUAAACUUAUUGAAUGAUGAACCUGAUAGUAAUUCGCAGAUUAUUCCCAUCGUUAGUAAUAUAAAUGAUCCAAUAUCAAAAUGGAAUAGUUUGAAAGAUCAAGAAGGAGUUACUUCUGCUGCCAUGGAUACACUCGUUAAAAUGACUGGCCUAAAAAAAGUGAAGGAAUUUGCUAUUGAUUUGUUUAAGUUUUCUUUGAAGUUUUCACAGUUGAGCACCGAGGCAAAAUCUGCCAAUCAAAAAACUUUGAACUUUUGCUUUCUUGGCAAUGCUGGUUCUGGAAAAACAACAGUUGCACGAUUGCUAGCAGAAAUUCUUAAAGACACUGGUCUAAGAUCAUCAAACACAUUUGUAGAAUCUUCAGCUCAAAAGUUAAAAGAUGAUGGUCCUGAUAAGUUUCGUAACCUAGCCGCAUCUGCUAAAAAUGGUGUUUUAUUUAUAGAUGAAGCAUAUGAUCUGGAUCCAAAAGGCGAUUUGCAAGGAAAACCGAUUGUUUCGGAAUUGUUAGUGAUUUCAGAGAAUGACCGUGAACAUCUUUCAAUUAUUUUAGCUGGUUACGAAGAUGAUAUGAAUGAGAAACUCUUCUCUUACAAUGAAGGAAUUAAAAGUCGCUUUGAAAUGGUGCAUUUUGAAGAUUUUGAUGAAAGUGAACUGAAAACAAUUUGGAAUGGUGAAAUAGAGAAACGUAAGUUUGUUUGUGAUGAUAGUGUUUCAACUGUGGUAUCUAAACGUCUUGCAAAAAUGUCUGGUAAAAAAGGAUUUGGUAAUGCUCGAGCAGUUCGUAAAGAGAUUGAAAAAGCUAUUCAAACUGCAAUGGCACGAGAGAACUUUGAUCCAUCAAACUUGAUCAUAAAUAUAGAAGAUGUUGUUGGUGAAUCACCAUUAGAUAAUCCAAAAUUGAAAGCAAUUCUACAAGAAUUUGAUGACAAAAUAGGUUGGAAAGCAGUAAAGAAAAGUGUCAACCAGUUAAUUGAAAUAUGUAAAACCAACUUUAUGCUUCAACUAAUGGGAAAAAAAACAUUACCCAUAAUGCUUAACCGUUUGUUUCUUGGUAAUCCAGGAACUGGAAAAACUACUUGCGCAAAACUCUAUGGACGUUUAUUAAAAGAGUUGAAUUUCUUAUCAAUUGGAGAUGUAGUUAUGUCUACAGCUAGUGAUUUUGUUGGAUCGCAUGUUGGAGAAUCUCCAAAAAAAACUAAUGCCAUGCUUGAGAAAGCUCGUGGAAAAGUACUUGUAAUAGAUGAAGCUUACAACCUUAAUGAUAAGUUAUAUGGAAAGGAAGUGCUUGAUGUAUUGGUUGAGAAAGUGCAAAAUACAGAAAGUGAUGAUAUUGCUGUUUUGUUGCUUGGUUAUGAACCUCAAAUGCGUGAAAUGCUUCGUGAGCAAAAUCCAGGAUUAGCUAGACGUUUUGCAAUGGAUUAUGCUUUUGUAUUUGAAGACUAUAGUGAAUCUGAGUUGUUUGUUAUUCUAAAAGGUGUUUGUAAAAAAGAAAAUAUACAGAUGUCAAUAGAGGUUUCUGAAGCCAUUCUAAAAUUGUUAGAAAAGCAAAGAGCACAACCAAACUUCGGUAAUGCAGGUGCAAUAGAUAACGUGAUACGUGCUGCUUUAGCCAAAGCGUCAUCUCGUCCUUUGACUUCAGAUGGCAUGAUAAAAUUAAUUCCUUCAGACAUAGGGGAUGGAAAUGCAGAGAAUGAAAAAGAAAAAAGCAGUGAUCCAUUCGCACCAUUAGAAAAAUUGUAUAGAGUUGAAAAUAUUAGACAGCAACUCAUAGAAAUUAAAAAUACUUUUCAGGUUGCACAAACAGAAUGCUCAAAAGAUCGUCCAGAAUUAGGACAUUUUGUAUUUCAAGGAGCUCCGGGUACUGGUAAGACCACUGUAGCAAGAGUUAUGGCAGAAAUACUUUUUGAUUUAGGAUUAUUACCUCGAAAUCAUGUUGAAGAGACUUCAGGUCUUGGUUUAACAGGAGAAUAUGUUGGUCAAACUAAAAAGCGAGUUAAAGAUAAAUUAGAUGCAGCUAGAGGAGGCAUACUUUUUAUUGAUGAGGCUUAUGAGUUAGGCAAAGGUCAUUACGGAGAAGAAGCUAUAACUACCUUGGUUGCUGCAAUGACAGAUCCUAAUUAUAAACUUGUCAUAAUUAUUGCUGGAUAUCCUCAAGAUAUAGAUCAAAUGCUUUCAGUAAAUGUUGGUUUAAAAAGCAGGUUUAAAAGAUUUAUGAACUUUGAAGAUUGGAAUAGCAAUGAUUGUCUUGAAUUUCUUCAAAAAAAAGCUGCAACUGAUAAUUAUGGUUUUGAUUCUGAUGUAAAAAAUAGCUUACACGAAGGAUUAGAAGAGUUACGUUCUUAUCCUGGAUGGGGAAAUGCACGAGACGUUAUUGCAUUGUGGCAAAAGAUAUUAGAGUAUCGUGCCAAUCGAGUAGUGCAUACGCCAGAAGUAAAAAAAUUAAUUUUAAGAUCUGAUGCUUUAAAAGCUUUAGAAGUUAUGAUUAAAGAUCGUAGACCUAAAGUUAAGAGACAAUCUAGCAACAACAACAUGCAAGAGCUAAAAGAAUUUAAAAGUGCGCCACAGUUUCAAAAUGAUUUUAAGCCAGCAAAGAUGACAAACAAAAGUUCUAUUAAUGACAAUACAUCGAAUGAUAACAAGCAAACAAAUAAUUGUGUAAAUCUCAAAGAAAACAAAGUGGAGAAUGUGGAUUCUGAUGAUAUUCGUGAUCCUGGUGUACCAGAUGAAAUAUGGAAGCAAUUGCAAAUUGCUAAACUUGCAAAAAAAGAGGAGGAGAAAAUGAAAGAAGAGAAAGUGGCAGAGCAAAAAAGAUUUCAAGAAGAGCAAGAAAAAAUAUUGAAUGAACUUCUCCGUGAGUUGCAAGAAGAAAGAGAAGAAGAAAAACGACAGCAGAUGUUGCGAGAGUUGGAGAAAAAGCGAGAAGAAGAACGAAAACGACGAGAAGCAGAAGAAAAACGGUUAAACGAAGAACGACAAAAAGCUAAAGAUGUUGAAAAUGCUAUACGUAAAAUAUGCCCGUGUCCUGCAGGUUACUCCUGGUAUAAGCAGGGUGGUGGUUGGAGAUGUGGUGGUGGAAGUCAUUUUGUUUCUGAUGAACAGUUACAACGUCAGUUUACAACAAGCGCUUAGUACCAUCAAAAGAGUUAAUUACUCUUAUAAUAAAUAUAUGAUUUUAUUUUUCUUACUCAUUUAUUGUGUGACGUUUUAGUUUAAUAAACCAGUGGUUCGU